UAAUUUCUCAUAUGGAGAGGCAAAUCAUAAACAAGAAGAAACGAGUGUUUUCUGUUGAACCAAACAAGAUACCCCCUAGUGAAGUUUUCACGAGGAAAUACACAAGCCUCUUAGUUCCUGCACUCAAGAAGCUCAACAUGAACAAGAACUCUUCACAAGUCAACCAACUAACCGUGAAGCAUGAAGUAGACAUGGCUUUGGCUUUGUCUGCCCAAGAAUUUGCAUGGAGCCGUUUCUUGCUACAGAAGCUAUCGUCCUCGAACAAUCCAACCACUACUACCAGUUCUUCUUCCAACGGAAUUCGUAUUCAAGAAAGAUCCGGUAAAGAAGGUGGACACGAAGAUGGAGAGAGAGAGGAGAAACUGAGGGAACUGCAGAAGCUUUUGCCAGGUGGUGAAGAGAUGAAUGUAGAAGAAAUGUUGGGUGAGAUUGGCAAUUACAUUAAGUGUCUUGAGUUGCAAACGAUUGCUCUUAAGUCGAUUGUUCAAGAUACUACUUGACUUUUAGUUUUAGCUUGUGAUUUUAGUUUGUGUUUGAGUUUGUCCUUUAACUAAACUCAUCUAUCUAUGUUUUAUUUUCUCUCGUUUCUAUAAGAACGAGAGCAUAUGUAUUAUAGUGGUUUUAUCCUUCUUCUCUUAAUUAAUAUGGUUUAGGAAAUAGCUAAUAU